ACCUCUCUCCCAAUCCAAUGUCUCCACCUCCACCACCCCGCCUCCUCCUCCUAAGCUUCCUCGCUCUCCUCGCCCUCUUCCCACCGUUCCUCCUCGCGUCCUCCUCCUUCCCGCUCCCCACCAUCGCCAUCGCCGCCGUCAGAGCCAACGCCACCGCCUCCCCGCACCACCUCGCGUGCGCUCUGGUCCCCUGCGGUAACGGGACGGACUACCAGAUCUCCUGCGCCAGCGUCACCGAUAGCUCUGCCCAGCCCCGCAACUACUCCUACGGCGGCGCUGGCGGCGAAAGCACGCCGUUCUCCGCCGUCGUCGCCGGCGAUGGGUACCUCUGCUCUGCAGGUCCGACUGUGUCGCGGUCGCGGCCGAUGUCCAUGCGGUGGUGGGACCUGAAAGACAGCGAGGCGCCGUCGAAGAGGGUGUACCGGGGCGAGGCGCUGUCCGCGGUGUCCGGCGGCGGGGAGUACGUGUGCGGGAUCGUCGAGCAGAGGAUGCAGUGCUGGAGAUGGCCGCUGGGUACGGUGCCGGAGGACGUGCGGUUCUCGGCCGUGGCGGUGGGCAGCGAGUUCGUCUGCGGGUUGGUGGCGGGGACCGGCGAGGUGAGGUGCUACGGCGGCGGCGACGCGGUGAGCCGGAAGCCGAACGGGAGCCACGCCAUGAUUGCCGCAGGGGAGCGGCACGCGUGCGCGGUGAAGGCGGAGAAGGGUGAGGUGGUCUGCUGGGGUGAGGCGGCGGCGGUGGCUGCUGCAUCGCCGUCGCCGAGGAUAGCGGCGGGGCACGCGCUGUCCUCGCUGGCGGUGGGCGACGCGGUCACGUGCGUGCUGUGGGGGAACUGGACGGUCGCGUGCUGGCCGCCGGAGGAGGCGGCGCCGCCGCGGUCGGUGGCGCAGAAGCAGUUCGUCGCGCUGGAGGCCAGGGGGAAGGUGGUGUGCGGGGUGCUCAUGUCCGACUACUCGUUCAUGUGCUGGGGCCCCGGCGUCGCGGGUGGGUUGCGCAAGGUGUUCGACCGCGUCCUGCCGGGCCCGUGCGCGCCGUGGGAGUCGUGCCAGUGCGGCGUCUGGUCGGGCUCCGGGCCUCUCUGCGGCGGCGCAGGCGGCGCCGCCGUCUGCUACCCCUGCGGCUACUCUCCGCCCAUCAUGGCGCUGGCGCCUACCUCCAACUCGUCGGCGUCGGGCUCUCACUGGAGGGGGAAGCGGCGGCCGAGCGAUUUGGCGAUCGCAUUAGUCAGCGCUGGAAUCGGCUCGGGGGUGCUGGCCGCCAUUGCCGCGGUGGUGGCGGUUUAUUGCCUUCGCCGGCGGCGGAGCGGCGGCUCGCAGGACACCGGACUCAUCCAUGCGGAGCCGAACGGCCCGGCGGCGCCGCGCGUGGAGCGCCGGCUCAGCGCGCUGCUCUCCAAGGGCCCGAACACGACGGUGGAGCAGUUCCCCCUGGCGGCGCUCCGGGCCGCAACGGGCGGCUUCUCGCCGUCCCACCGCAUCGGCUCCGGCGGCAAAGGACUCUUUUUAUUUGAAUAUGCUCAUUCCAUUCACAGCAUCAUCUCAAGAUGAGUUAGUCAAGGCUCUUCUGGUAACAGAGGUAGGCAACUUAUACCAUGCAGUUUACACACUCUUUAAAUUUGUUUGAUUUGAGAAUGAUAAAUUGAUGUAGAAAUAACAUUGCUGCUUGUCCUCUUUAAGUUUCCACGAUUUAAUCAGAACAAUAUGAUCACAGCUGCCAGUGGAGGCGAUGACAUACGGUGAGUUCAUGUGCUGCUUGCCGCUCUUAUCAUAGCUGUGGAUGCUUGCUUGGUACUACCUGUUUCUUGAAAGGUCUUCUGAACUCUUGAAUGCAAUGAAAAAAAAUGUUCAUAUGAUCCUUUCUGCCUCGGACUGUGCACAUUAGAUGCCGUUUGGCCUUAUUCACGAUGGACUUGGACUACAUAAUUUGUGUUGUUCUUUUUCUUAGUGCUGUUGACCCUUACCUAGUGGUCCUUCUGACUGCAUUGUAGUAUUGUACUUCUCUGUUGUGUCUCACUAUCAGUGUUGCCAGUUCAGUGAUUGACCAGAGGCUGAGAAUUUGAAUUGUCAAAUAGGUAAUUAUAUUCACCUGAUUAUUUGUAAAUUAUUGAAAUGACCAUUUUGAAUUCAUGCUCUAAUUUUAGUUUUUAUAAAUUUAGGCCAUGAAGUCUUGCUCAGCAAUUCUCAGCAAUUCUUUCUAUUUCACAAGUUUUUUUACCAACAUAAAAACACCAAAUUAGAGCUGAAACAUACUUGACUCCGCACCCCUAAACAGCUGUGGGUGUUUUUCUUCUUCUUUUUCUGUCUUUACCAAUCGGCAGCCAAUGAUGCUUUGCACUAAGCAUGCACUGUCCAUCUGUCUGAGCUGAAUAUGAUGAAUGCAGGUACUUGUCUUUUUGAAGGGAUUUUCUGGUAUCUUGCAGUCGUACGGUGUAUGUAUCACCUAUUUUUCUGAAAUCUCCUGAAUGUAUUUUUCUCCCAAGGCACUAACGAUUUGUAUAAACUGCAACAUAUGAUGGUUGUUCUGUGCAAACCAAGGUGAACUGUUCCAGAAUGCAUUAGCAUCUUUUCUUCUUCAUCCUUUCCUAAACAGGUUCAACUUGUUAGAUAUUAGAAUAUGUGAAAGCAUGUAGAUUCCAAGUUGGUUUAGGUUCGUUACGUGCUUAGGAUGUCCAAUUUGGCUUCUUUUCUUAGUGAUUCAAAUGUGCAUAUUAGACAAAUUGGCCAUUUUUAUGUAUAUGCAUAUUUCUAAACAUCUGCCUGUUACAGUUUUCUUUUUUGUUGCAGAACUCAAUCUGGUGCUUAUUUUCUGUUUUGGUUCAUCUCCUAGGAUACAACAGUGGCACACAAAUGGCCUUUGAGUCCAACAUUUGUGCAUGAACGUGCAACCCACUCAAAAAGCAUCAAGUUCAAGACCAAUGGAAAACUGCAAGAUAGAAGAAUCACAAGAUGAUGUCGUGGCAUGACGUCAAGCUCCAAUGGUCUUGAAAACUCCUGUCUUUCUUGAUAUGCUAGGACACAUCUUUAAUGGUUCUGGGAAACCUAUCAAUAAUGGUCCUCCAAUAUUGUCUGAGGCUUACUCUUGGAUAUUUCUGGAAGUUCUAUCAACCCCAGUGAGAGAACCUAUUCAGAAGAGAUGAUUCAAACAUGAAUAUCCACCAUUGAUGUGAUGAACUCAAUUGCACAAGAACAAAAAAUUCCUCUGUUCUCUGCUGCUGGGCUUCCACACAAUGAGAUUGCUGCUCAGAUAUGUCGUCAAGCUGGUCUUGUCAAAAGGCUGGAGAAUUCUGGCAAGCACAAGGAGAUAGUGAUCCUAAUUAGUUUUAUUUUUUGGAAAAUGUGUCACUUCUGCAAAUGUUGCUGCAGAUGGAUGAUUGGCAUACGCAUACAGAUAUUGUGUUGCAUGAUGGCAUCAAAUUUGUGGUUGUGGCUCGAGCUGAGGAGCUAAACAAGUUCUAUGAUAUACCACGCUCAAAGUUCUAAACAAGUUCUAUGAUGUACCACGUUCAAAGUUCUGGUCAAGUUCUAUGAUGUACCACGCUCAAAGUUCUGAAGAUUAAAAUUCUGCAGUAAAUAUAUGUAUGAGUACAUGACCAGUAGCUCGAGUCUUUUUAGGAUGUAAAAACUAAAGAAUGUUUGUAGGAGUCCAUUUACAGAGUGAUUGCUACAGUAUCGACAAACAAGAUUAAUUUUUUUA